AUGGCAUCCCCAGUUCCCGACGGCCAUGUUGGCAACCUGACGACCGAGCAAGAGGCCAAGCUGCGCGAGCUCUGGCAGACCGUCUUCAAGCUCUAUGACGUGCUUCAGGAGCACGCCCAGAAAAAAGCUGCCGCGCCCGCGCCGCAGACCGAAUCUCCCAAGAAGUCUCGCUUCGGUCUUUUCGGAGGAUGGAAAGCCUCUGACGCCGCUGCUACUCCCGCGAUCCCCGAGGAGGCCCUCAAGCUCAUCGCCUGCGACGAGGAAGACAAGUUUGGCCUGGUCAAGCAGUUCCAGCAGGUCAUUGCCACGCAGACCCCAGACUCGCUUCGCGCCAUGGUCCUCGGGUCCGUCAAGCAUGAGCACCCCGAUGCCCUGGCCCUGCGAUUCCUGCGCGCCCGCAAAUGGGAUGUGAACCGCGCUUUGGUCAUGAUGUUCUCCGCCAUGAACUGGAGACACAACGAGGCCAAGGUUGACGACGACAUCCUGGCCAAUGGCGAGGAGGUGCUUGUCAAUGAUGAGGAACACGGCCAGGUCAAGAGCAAGGCCCUGGCUCGCGAUUUCAUGAAGCAGAUUCGCACCGGCAAGAGCUUCAUCCACGGCACGGACCGAGAGAACCGCCCCAUCAGCUACGUCAGAGUCCGUCUGCACAGAGCGUCUGAUCAGUCGGUCGAAAGUCUCGAGAGAUAUACCACGUACCUCAUUGAGACUGCUCGUCUUGCCUUGACGCCACCGGUUGAGACGGCCACUCUCAUUUUCGACCUCAGCAGCUUCACUCUGGCCAACAUGGAUUACGUUCCCGUCAAAUUCAUCAUCAAGUGCUUCGAGGCCAACUACCCCGAGUCUCUCGGCGCCAUUCUCAUCCACAACGCCCCAUGGGUGUUCAAAGGCAUUUGGAAGGUCAUCUCGGCCUGGCUUGACCCCGUUGUCGCCGCCAAGGUGCACUUCACCUACGGCCGCAAGGACCUCGAGGAGUUUAUCCACCCGUCACAAAUCAUCAAGGAGCUCGGAGGCGACGAGGAAUGGGACUACUCUUAUGAAGAGCCCGUGCCCGGCGAGAACGACGCCAUGAAGGACACUGCCGCGAGAGACACGCUUCAAAAGGCCAGAGAAGACCUCGCCAACCAGUUUGAGACGACAACGAAGCAGUGGAUCGAGAACCCCGAAGGCGACAAGGCCGCUGAGCUCAAGGCCAAGAGAGAAAGCAUCGCCACACAACUUCGAGAGAACUUCUGGAAGCUGGACAAGUACGUGCGAUGCCGUUCGCUGUACGACAGACAGGGCAACAUCCGCCCGGGACAAAAGACCGUCUGGUACCCCGAGACGGCCGAGAAGACGGCCAUUGAUACCACCGUCCCAAGCGGCACCAUUGAGCAGAUUGAAAACGCCCCCAACGUCGCUGCCACCACCCAAGUUACCGCAUAG